GCCAAAAAACAUUUGCAGGAAAGGGAUCAGCAAAGAGAGUUUUUGCCCCUGAGAUGGAAAAGGAGAAAGUGCCAUAAAGGAAAGAAAGACCUGGGUGUCUCAUGUCCUAAUUCUAAUUUUGCAUGAAAUCGCAAGUCGGUGUGUAAGUGUGUCUUUGUGGGUGAUCUCUUUGGGAACCUAUACCGUAAUCUUUUAAUCCUAACUAGCAGAUCCACAAGUCAAGUGUUGGACGGUGAGUUGAUACUUAGUCAUGACAGUUUCCUCUGCUCCAGAAUAAUCCAGAAUGACCAAAGACUACCGCGACGUCGCGUCUGUCGAAACUGAGGACGAAGGAGACCUGCCGGUCAGAACAGACUUUGCCCCCCGGCAGUCAUGGGGCCGACGGAUCUGCUCCGGACGCCGCCUGAUCCUCAUCCUUUUGGGACUCCUUUGCGUCCUUGUCAUCAUGAUGGUUGCAUUUGGCUUCAGUGGGCGCAAGUUUGAUGGCGAUUUAUUGGAAAUGCAGGAAAACCUCAAAAGCAUCAACCGCACGGUCUUCUUGGAGUUGGCGGCUCUGAAGGAAAAGGAAGCGAAUGAAGGAAAGGCAUUCACAAAGAUGAAUGCGAUGGCGAAAAACCUGACUGCGGAGGUGAAGGAAGCAAAGACGCAUUUCGAAGAACACAUCUCUAAGUUGCAGACCAGCUUCCUCAAGAUGAAUUGUGAUCUGGAGGAUACGAAACACAACCGAUCAGGUACCAGCAAAACGGUCUGUUGCCCGAAAGAUUGGUUUUCCUUUGCUGGGCAUUGCUAUUGGUUCUCCAGGACAGAAAAGAACUGGGCAGAAGCCAAAGCUGACUGUGAAAAUAAGGAUGCCCACCUGGUGAUCAUCACCAGCUACCUGGAGCAACAAUUUGUGGCCCAACACACAAAACCUCGCCACUUUUGGAUCGGCCUGUCCUACAGCAACACCAACCAGAAGUGGAAGUGGGUGGACGGGACGACGUACACCAUACGCAGGAUAGACUGGAGGCCCCAGGAGCCAAACAACUACUCCUACCAGGAGCAAGGACUAGUAGAUAAUGCGGAUUGCGUCCACCUCUACCGGGACGGACUCUGGAGCGACGAGUCUUGCCACUACAGACUCAGCUGGGUUUGUGAGAUGGAGACCAAGGGCUAAGCACUUGUGGCCAAAGGAUGGGUUUUGAGACGCCAAAAAAGCGGGGAGGCAAUACUAAGUCCCUUGAGGAAAUAAAAUGGUGACACUUUUCUCAUAGGCAGAGGCAGGCUGCAACUCCUUGGCGUCUCUGCAGCAGGAGGGAGGGAAGGAAGGAGCUGUCGCUUGGUAGAAUUAUGGGGGUCAUCUUCGUUGGUCUUUCUAUAAAAUUCCCUGCAUUUUUAAAAAAUAACGUGUCCAGGAAACAAUAUAUUUGGUAACGUUUAAAUAAAAACAAAAGCAAUUGUUAAUA